AAGCUUAAUCGGAAACGUCAUUGUCCGAUGGCAAUUGGAUCGUUUUUCUCUCCUCUCAAGUUCUGGGGCAAUUCUCAGGAAGAGGAGCCGCAGAGGGGGAGGAUGCAGGAGAUAGAUCUCGGAGUCCACACAGUAAAGAGCCAUGGAGGAAGAGUCGCAAUCAAACACAAACACGACUGGAUCAUACUCGUCAUCUUAGUGGCAAUCGAGAUCGGUCUGCAACUAAUCCCUCCUUUCUAUAGAUACGUUGGCAAAGACAUGAUGACUGAUCUCAAAUACCCUUUCAACGACAACACCGUCCCCGUCUGGUCUGUCCCAAUCUACGCGGUCCUUCUUCCGAUCAUAGUCUUCGUCUGCUUCUACAUGAAGAGGACAUGCGUCUACGAUCUCCACCACUCCAUCCUCGGCCUCCUCUUCACCGUCUUGAUCACCGGCGUCAUCACCGACUCCAUCAAGCUCGCCACCGGACGUCCUCGUCCUAACUUCUACUGGCGCUGCUUCCCCGACGGGAAAGAGCUUUACGACGCGUUGGGAGGUGUGAUUUGCCAUGGAGCAGCCGGAGAGGUCAAGGAAGGUCACAAGAGCUUCCCGAGCGGACACACGUCGUGGUCUUUCGCUGGGCUCGGAUACCUCUCGCUCUACUUGUCUGGGAAACUCAAGGCGUUUAACAGAGAAGGACACGUGGCUAAGCUCUGCCUCGUGUUCCUCCCUCUGCUCGCGGCUUGCCUCGUGGGUGUGUCGCGUGUGGAUGACUACUGGCAUCACUGGCAAGAUGUCUUCGCCGGAGCUCUCAUUGGUCUCUUUGUCGCCGCCUUUUGUUAUCGUCAGUUUUAUCCUAACCCUUACCAUGAAGAAGGAUGGGGUCCUUACGCGUAUUUCAAAGCAGCGCAGGAACGUGGAGCUGAUAACGUGAGCUCUCAGAACAGAGAUGCGUUGAGGGCAAUGUCUCUUCAGGUGGAACCGACUUCUCUCGAGAACAUGGAAUCUGGCACUAACACUGCUCCAAGAUGA